UGCUGCGCUCACUGCAUCGCGUUCGUCGUAGGAAGAUAGCACCGAGUUAGUAUAUUAGGGCGUAUAUCAGCGCUGUGUUCCGAGAUAUGAGCCCAGAACGUUAACGGACGCUGAAGCAUAUUACUAUUCUUGAUUUUCCCCGAGUGAGUUAAGGUCAACAACGCAAGGAUGAGUUGGAAUAUGAAUGAUACGGAUGCUGUCUGUUCGCAAACUUUUCUUGUGGUAAAAAAUGCCACUGAUUUGUUGAGCUAUACGCCAGCUGCCCAAACAACCAUUACAGUAAUACUGCCUAUUUUACUGGUAUUUGGUGUACUGAACAACAUCGCCUUUCUCUUUGUUGUAUUCCGAGUACGUGGCAUGAAAACGGUGACCAAUGCCUGUCUAGCUAAUUUGGCUGUUGCCGAUAUCAUCUUUUUGGUAACAGCAAUAGGACAGCGUCUAUACGUGUACUGUAAGUCGCCUAUCUACGCUGAUGCUGCACCGAUAGGGCUGAUUGGUUGUGAGUUAGGAAACCUCACCAAAAGUACCACUUACCUGGCUGCCUUGUGUUCCGUCACGCUGGUGUCUAUGGAACGCUACGAGGGAGUAUGUCAUCCCCAGAGAAGCCACAAUCGAACGGGAGAGAAAACCUAUCGCUGGCUGCUGUUGGCAUCAUGGUUCGGAGCCCUAAUGGUGUCGGCAACCUUUAUACCAAGCUACCUAAGAUAUGAAACAGUCUGCAUGAUAUGGCCCGAGGAAUAUAGUCACUGGCCCAACACUUGGAGCUCGUGUCUUCCGAUUGAGAAAUGGUGGACCAUUUACAAACACGUUGCACAAACUAUACCGUUCAUCGUGUCUUUGUUCAUCAACGUGGCUCUGUACGUGAACAUAGUGCGCGGCCUUAACGCGUCCGUCAGACGCGCGCGUCUGACCAGCAUCAAGGACAAAAACGUCAAACUGCGCAACCAGAUUGCGUGGAUGCUGAUUGUCAAUGGCCUUGUCUUCUUUGUUUUGCUUGGUCCGUACGAAAUCUUGUCGUUGGUCAAAGCUACGGUGCCCAUCGGUUCAACUGGUUCAACUGCCGUCUUAGAGGAGCUCUUCAAGUGCUUGUCUUACGUCAAUUCAGCCAUCAACCCAGUGAUUUACAUUUCGAUGAGCAGCAGAUAUCGAGCCGCCUUCGGGCUUGUGUUCAUCCCGCCUUUUGGUAAGAACAAGUUCCGUAAGGCUAACAAUGCUUCGCAGAAUAGCGCCAUAUCCAGCCUGCUUGACAUCUGCAGGGAUUCUCAGGUUUGAGUCGCACACCAUCGACAUGGGAUCAUGGACAAAUCCUCUCCGUUUCGCCAAGACAUGAACGACAGACUCUUUACUCUGUAAAACUCACAUUCAAAAGUGUUUGUGGAAAUUGGAUCUCUGGGAUUCCGCAAAAGCAUGGCUUCGGGUCAUGUACUUAGUAUUAACUUUCUCUUGUUGUGCCUCAAUAAGAGUGUGAGGAUUCGUCGAGAGCGUGGUUUGUGGAUCUGAAAGAAUUUCAGGAGCUCUUUAUCCCGCCAAGGUAAGUUAAUCUGAUGCGAAGACUUCACCAGAGUCAGGUAAACUACUGACUCGUGGAAAGAGGUCAUCAUGAUGGCUUUGAUAUCCUCUUCUGGGACGUCACCUGAUACAUCAGCUCAGUUUACCUUUUAUAUUAAACAGCUCCCAAUCACUUCAGAACUCCUACGCCCAUGAGCAGACACCUUCUGUUUUCUACUCCCACCUCCGAAGACAGCGGAUUUGAUUUUGUAACCACACUUUGAUAAACUGCUCCAACCAUAUCCUCAAAACACUAUGAUUACGGACGCAAAACGGCGUAAUGAACUGACGCUACCUGGGACAGCAAGAAAUCGGCGAAUUAGAAACUCUUUGACCAAACACAGAAAUCGAAUUGAAUUUGUUAAACUAUCACCCUGUUAUCUUGUAUGUGACGACACCCAAAAUUGUUAAUUAAGAAUAUACAAAUGUAUUCGAGUUAAAACACACAAUAUUCGUGUAAUAGUUCAGUCACACGCACAAUCACCUCUAAUUUAAAAUGCAUGUGUACAUAUCUAAAUUUAUAGAAUCCUUUCGCUGCAAUCCAGCCGAAAAGUGUUUGGGUUUGAGGGGAAAAAGAGUUUAUAUUGUUAUCAUUCUCCACCCUGUACGUUGUAUAUAAAUUGUUUCAUGGUAUGUUUAACAAUAUUUCUAAAUACACCUCCAGAAUUUUUUUAAGAGAUUGAUUUGAAUUUGAUAGUGAAUAUUGGCAUUACGCUUGCGACUUGCAUUUUGGCUGCAACGUGUAUGUCCCCAAUUAAGAUGCCUUAAUCAUUUUAUACAUGUCAGAAAUAACAUUUUGUCGUAACACGAGUUCUUUAAAACAAAUAUAUACAUGUACAUAUCCAAUACGAGAUACCAACAGAAUGUCGAAUCAAUGUUAGAUAUUGGGAUUGCUAGAUUAAAUUCAGCAUAUUUCGUUCAGGGAAAUGCUAAAUUUUUCAAGUGUUUGCGGUCCCUCAAUAUCGCAAUCUUUUAUACCGAAAAUAAUUCUCAACCCCAAAAUGUGCAGGGAUAGAAACAUUCAGAAUGUACCGUAACCCGUACAAUUUGGAGAUGGGGUAUAUAUAUAUAUAUAAUUGUAUUAUGUGUAUUAUUUCACAAGGAACAAACAAACGUAUGAAAAAUAUAAAUAUUGAUAAAAAAAAAUUGCAGAACUGUUUCGAAAAUAAUAUUUGCAAAAAAAAAUUCAGUUGUAGUGUUGUAUCGGUUAUUAAAAUCAGUCAGGUUUUUAUCGUUCUUAUCACUCAUCGGUAUUCUUGCAUUGCAAUGAAAGACAUACCAGUAACGUUGUAUAUAAAUCAAUCUGUGGAUAUGAAGACACAGAUUUGUUUUAAGAACCUUGCUGUUGUUCUUGCACAGUAAAAGACGAGUAAUAAUCCCAUCUAUAUGAUUGCAAAGAGUGGCGUUUUGUAGUGCAAAGUUAUGAUGCUCAAAUAUCAACAAGUUGACGAAGUUUGACAUGGAUACUUCACUUUUUAUAAUCGCAAAGAUCAGAGAAUGGAUUGACUUAAUUGAAGUGUUAUAUGAAAUGAUACCAUGAUUACCACUCUGAUCAAGACCAAACUUACAUAUUUUAUUUCAGUGUUCCGUUUUAACAGGGGCCAAGUAAUAGUCUCCAGGUGUAUAUAUUUAAACAUUUCCAGUUUGUAUCAUAAGCACCGGUCAAUAUAGUGCCUUUAAUGCAGGUCGUAUCAAGUGACUACAUGGGCGUAAAUCCCGGGUGGGGUGAGGAGGAUAUAUCCCCACACUGUUUGACCGGGGGGCAUUGGAUCACUCCCCCAGAUUGUUUAUGGUGGGAAACAAAAUAUGCUGAAUUUGACGUUAUUUUUCAGCUUUCCAACGGUCCCAUUUUUUUUAAAGAAUUUUGAAAAAACGGAGAUCAAACAGUACAAAAGCUUGCACUGUUUGCAUGUACGGUUAUGCACGCAACAUGUACAUUUGUAUCAUGAACAGCGCUCCUAGUGUCCCCCCCCCCCUCUUUUUUUUUUUCCACGGCCGGGCAAUUUUCUGAUUUUUCCGUAUGGUCAUCCCCAAUCCCCCACCCACUCGAUGGCCAACACGGAUUUACGCCACUGCGUGACGCUUCCAGUAAAAUGAAUGGGACCUACAUCUUUGCUAUGACCAAAAACGUGCACGAAUAUCUGAAAGUAAAAAAAACUGAAGCCAAUUUAUUCGUUAUAUCAUUUGAUAUUUAACGGCCAUUGUGUAUUUUUUUUUGGCCGUUGGGUGGAACAUGCAGCUUACGAUAACAUGUCCAAUUGUUGCAGCCAAGAGAUAAGAUAAUGUUUUCUCGUGUUUUGGACUUUUAUGUGGGGCCAGAACUUACAUUUCUUGUCCUUAGGCCAAAUAAAUAUUAAAAAAAAACAGGUUUAGCGUCCACGCCCGCUUCCUUUUUGGAGGCCGCCUACUUUGUUUUUAUGCGUUAAACCGAAAAAAUGAUAUAUAUUAAACAGUGACAUCAUUUUGGCCUCUUUGUCUGCUACAUCUAGCCUAUGUAAAGCUGGUAUGUUAUUUCCUGAGUCCAGGUGGAGGCAAUUUAAAAAAGAAAAUGGCGGUCAUUUUGAAUAAUAGCCCGGCCGGUCGUUUUUGAAGAAAA